CACCAGACCCUCGAUGACCUGGACCAGCGGGUGAAGGAAGCCGGUUUGGAGAUCACCUUCCGCCAGAGCUUCUUCUCUGACCCCGCCGCGCCUGUGCGCAACCUCAAGCGCCAGGACGCCCGUAUCAUCGUGGGGCUCUUCUACGAGACAGAAGCGCGUAAGGUCUUCUGCGAGGUCUACAAGGAGAAGCUGUACGGCAAGAAGUACGUCUGGUUCCUCAUCGGCUGGUACGCUGACAACUGGUUCCGUAUCAAGGAUCCAGCCAUCAACUGCACCGAGGCGGAGAUGGCCGAGGCCGUGGAAGGACACGUCACCACCGAGAUCGUCAUGCUCAACCCUGAGAACACCCGUAGCAUCUCCAACAUGACGUCCCAGGAGUUCAUUGAGAAGCUGCAGAAGAGGCUGGGCAAGAACCCCGAAGAGACAGGUGGCUUUCAGGAGGCACCACUGGCCUACGAUGCCAUCUGGGCACUGGCUCUGGCCCUCAACAAGACCUCAGCGGAGCUGGUCAAGAAGGGGUUGCGCCUGGAGGACUUCAACUACAACAACAAGAACAUCACCGAUGAGAUCUACCGGGCCCUCAACUCCUCUGCCUUCGAGGGCGUCUCGGGACACGUUGUCUUUGACGCCAGCGGCUCCCGCAUGGCCUGGACGCUCAUUGAGCAGCUGCAAGGAGGUGUCUACAAGAAGAUCGGCUACUACGACAGCACCAAGGACAACCUGUCCUGGUACAACAACGACAAGUGGAUUGGAGGUGCCCCUCCAGCCGACUACACCAAGGUCAUCACCACCUUCCGAUUCCUGUCCCAGAAGCUCUUCAUCUCCGUCUCAGUGCUGGCCUCAUUGGGCAUCCUCCUGGCCAUCAUCUGCCUGGCCUUCAACAUCUACAACGGGCAUGUCCGGUACAUCCAGAACUCACAGCCGUACCUGAACAACAUGACGGCUGUGGGCUGCACGCUGGCGCUUGCUGCCGUAUUCCCCCUGGGACUUGACGGGUACCACAUCGGGCCAGGGCUUUUCCCUUUCGUCUGUCAGGCUCGGCUGUGGCUCCUCGGGCUGGGGUUCAGCCUGGCGUACGGCAGCAUGUUCACCAAGAUCUGGUGGGUCCACACCGUCUUCACCAAGAAGGAGGAGAAGAAGGAGAAGAGGAAGACCCUGGAGCCUUGGAAGCUGUAUGCCACUGUGGGGUUGCUUGUGGGGCUGGAUGUGGUCACGCUGAUCAUCUGGCAAAUCGUAGACCCCCUGCACCGCACCAUUGAG